UUUCUGGCACCUCUAUUUUCCUUAAAACAAGAUUUAAAGAUGUGUAGGGGAACAAAAGCUGAAGAGGAUACUAAACCAAAAGCCUAUUGCCUGAAAGAGAAAGAAGCCAAUAUUGGCUCUAUAAUUUAUUGUGAGCUGUGUAGUUCAGAAGCUUCUGUUUAUUGUCAAGCCGACAAUGCUUAUCUUUGCAGGAAAUGCGACAGAUGGGUUCAUGGGGCUAAUUUCUUGGCUCAGAGACACGUUAGGUGCUUUCUUUGUAACGUUUGCCGGAGCUUAACACGGCGGUUUUUGGUCGGAACUUCGUCGGAAGUGAUAAUUUUGCCUUCAGUUGCCAGUUUGGAACAGAGAAGUAGAAGGACGGAUGCUGAUUCUGAAUCAACUGACUCAAGAAAAGAGCCUUUCUUGUUUAUCUGAUGUGUUAUGUUUUUUUUUUCCAACUUC